UUGUUAUUUAUUGUAAAUAUUCCAACUAGGAAAAUCUAUUAUCUUGCCAUCAACAUGUUCGCCAGAACUGCAUCCCGUAUUACUCCCUAUUUGGCUGAAGGUUCACGAGCUGCCGGUAUAAUGGCUGCUGGAGACGUUCUAGCUCAAACUUUGGUUGAGAAAAAAGAUUUCAAAGACAUCGAUUACGUGCGCACAAUUAAAUUUGGAUCACUGGGUUUACUUUUUGUGGGACCGACACUCAAAUAUUGGUAUGCUUUAUUGGACCGCAGCAUAUCAACAAAUCAAAAUCGCCUACAACGUACAGUGAAAAAAAUGUUGGUAGAUCAAGCCAUUAUGGCUCCAGCUCUGAAUUUAUCCAUAACAGCUCUGGUAGGAGUGAUAAACGAAGAGAGCAGUGAUACCAUUAAGGAACGUAUAAAAGUUCAGUAUCCUGAUAUUAUGAAGAACAAUUACAUGUUGUGGCCAGCAGUACAAAUGAUAAACUUUAGUAUUGUGCCAUUAAAAUAUCAGGUGGUAUUUGUGCAACUGGUGGCUGUAAUAUGGAAUUGUUUUGUAUCACAAUUGCUAAAUGAUAAAAAUGCAGUGAAACAGUGAUUUCUUUAGUUUAUGAACAAAAGUACAUAUGGUAAACAAAGAACGUGUUAUGGAGGCGAAUUCAACAGCUGGCUUUUGUUUACAUUUUAAUUUAUAACUUUCAAUACUAAUAUUGUACAAUUUAAAAUUAUUUUUAUUAAGCGGUUAAAAACAUUGUAAAUACAUAUAUAUUUAUGUAAUAAAAGAUUGUUAUUUUAUACUGAA